AAUGUGCCAAAUAAGCUGCUGGCCAAGUGGAACGCAGACUAUAAAGAAGAACAGGUUUGAAACAAAAUGGCGGCGAAUUCACGCAAAAAGGGAGCAAAGGAUUCCAAACAUUCGCUUCAGGAGGCAUUAGAUGAAUGCCACGAUCUUCUGCAGAAGAUGAAGAAGCCUAAGAGGAAAUCGCACUUCAAUUUUUUCAGGGAUCCUUUGACGGGGAGACGUAAAAGUCACUACCCAUACAAGCCACGUUUUCAAGAUGAGCAUGUUCCAUGCACCAGCUCAAAUGAUGGUAAAAAAUGUGGUUAUUUAUCUUAUAAACCCCUUUGUCUUUGUCAAGUUAGAGUUGUAUAAACCAUUUUUUAACGUAUUCUAUUCCAAAAUAUUGAAACUUACUCUUUGGAGAGUAAUGACUAACGCUACCAUUAUUAUUUUACCCAAACAAGAUAUCGAUCAGAGUUUAUUAGGAGAAGUAGAUGAUGUAGGACAUGAGAUGCCAUCAACAUCCAGUGUCGAGGGUAAGUUUUGUACAUCGCAAAGUUGUUUUUAAUCCAAACACCUACAGAAUUUGUCUGGCAUUUUAUCAAUCAUAUUAAACAGAGUUUAAGCUAAUAGUUGAAAAUACAUGAUCUUGCCAUGUGUUGUAAUGAAUGUCAGACAACUCGCCCCCAGGACAAUUAGCCCCAGACGAUUAGCCCCCAGUCUUUGGACAAUUAGCUCCCAGUCCCUGGACGAUUAGCCCCCAGUCUUUUUAUGUAAAGGAGAAGUUACGUUCAUCUGUUGGUCAUUGACUUUUAUGAGUUUGUGGCUCUUAAAGGAGCCCCUUUUUUUGUGAAUGUCUAUCUUUAUUAAGCUUUACUCAAUUUAAAUUACAUGGGUUGUACGAGGUGAGCACAGGCCUCCAGAAGCUCCUUAGGCCGUCUUCGUAUUGACUCCAGAGGUCAAAGAGUCUUCUCUGCAUGGUCCGGUAGCUUGACCGCUGAUGUCUCUUCAGCUUUUUGUCUGAAACCAGACAAAUCUGCAUGCUGACCAGUGUAGCUUCCCGGUGAAGUACCUGGAUCAGGAUUUACAGGGGCAGCUGUGAUCGUCCUUUGGCGCGCCGGUUCAGUCAUUGUGCCAACCCUCUAAGUCGUUAUUUGUUCUUACUGCUUCUAGGAACACGCUCCAGUUCUGUGACGGGAAGGUCUGACUGAUUAUCCAGUUUUCAUCUAUGUAACUGCAGAAAUCCUGUUGCUUGCUGCUGGAGUCGACGGAAUCUGCGUUCGACGGAAUCUGCGUUCGAUCUUGUCAGACAUUGCGCGUGGGUUUGAAAUAAACAACAAUGAAUAAAUUUUGCACCUUGCGCAUGGGUGUGAAAUAAGCAAACAACAAUGAGUAAACGUUUGCACAUUGCGCGUGGGUUUUCAAUAAACAAAUAAAUAAAAAUUAAUAAAAGUUCUCACAAUUCGCGUGGCGAGUUUGAAAUAAACACCGAUUGACAUUAACAAGUAGUCGUCAAUAAGUUAAAGUUUCGAAGUUUUGUCCCUGGUUUCUUUCCUUUCCUAUUUAAACAACAUGACGGAGAAACAUUCGUAAAGUAUGUAAACAGAAAGAACACAAUUCAUUUUUGUAGAAUAUAUAAACAGAAAGAACACAGUUCACUUUAUAAUUCGAUACGCACGGCAGAGAAACGUUCAUAACAAGCAAACAACAAGACAGCAAGAACGUAGUUUACUUUAUAAUUUAACACGCAUGGCAGAGAAAUGUUCGUAAAAAGCAAAUAACAAGAACAUUGUUUAUUUCAUAAUACAUGAUAGGGAAACGUUCGUAAAAAGUAAAGGGCAAGAACAUAGUUUAUUUCAAGGUUGGUGGGUUGGGGGCUAAUAGUCCAGAGACUGGGGGCUAAUCGUCCAAAUACUGGGGGCUAAUCGUCUGGGGCUAAUUGUCCAGGGGGCGAGUUGUCCGGAUACCGUUGUAAUUCCUUUUUGAAAUUCUUAUUUAAAAUUACUUAGUUAAUCCUCUCCCCAUGUGCAAUGCUAGAUUGUUAUAGUUAGUGUACUGUUCUAGUAUUAUGAUUGUUAGAAAUAAAGUUGGUGUAAUCAAUUGGCCCAUUUUUUCCAAAAUGAUUUAGUACAUGGAAAUAAAUGGCAAUUUAUUUUGCAAGUAAUUUUGCUUCAUAAACUCUAAAACUCAUAAACUCUAGUAGCUAAAAAUUAUUUUUUGUUUAAUAGAAGAUGACCUUGAAACUGCUAUAGCAAGAUGUGAGGAGGUCCUUGCCACUUUUCCAAGUACCUCAAGAAAUUGGGAGACACGGAUGACUAGUUUGACUUCCAGCUGGGACAGUGCCAGGAAGCAAUUA